CUCCCCGCGCGCAAGAUGGCUGACCCGGCUGCGGGGCCAUCGCCAAGCGAGGGCGAGGAGGGCACGGUGCGCUUCGCCCGCAAAGGCGCCCUCCGGCAGAAGAACGUGCACGAGGUGAAGAACCACAAAUUCACCGCCCGCUUCUUCAAGCAGCCCACCUUCUGCAGCCACUGCACCGACUUCAUCUGGGGCUUCGGAAAGCAAGGGUUCCAGUGCCAAGUCUGCUGCUUUGUUGUGCACAAGCGAUGCCAUGAAUUUGUUACCUUCUCCUGCCCAGGAGCUGACAAGGGUCCAGCCUCUGAUGACCCCCGGAGCAAACACAAAUUUAAGAUCCACACAUACUCCAGCCCCACGUUCUGUGACCACUGUGGGUCCCUACUGUAUGGGCUCAUCCACCAAGGGAUGAAGUGUGACACCUGCAUGAUGAACGUCCACAAGCGCUGCGUGAUGAACGUCCCCAGCCUGUGCGGCACAGACCACACGGAGCGCCGCGGACGCAUCUAUAUCCAGGCCCACAUCGAGAGGGAAGUCCUCAUUGUCGUUGUAAGAGAUGCUAAAAACCUCGUACCUAUGGACCCCAAUGGCUUGUCAGAUCCCUACGUAAAACUGAAACUGAUUCCUGAUCCCAAAAGUGAGAGCAAGCAGAAGACCAAAACCAUCAAGUGCUCCCUCAACCCUGAGUGGAAUGAGACAUUUAAAUUCCAGCUGAAAGAAUCUGACAAAGACAGAAGACUGUCUGUAGAGAUUUGGGAUUGGGAUCUAACCAGCAGGAAUGACUUCAUGGGAUCAUUGUCAUUUGGGAUUUCUGAACUGCAGAAAGCUGGUGUUGAUGGCUGGUUUAAGUUACUGAGCCAGGAGGAAGGCGAGUACUUCAAUGUGCCAGUGCCACCAGAAGGGAGUGAGGCCAACGAGGAACUGCGGCAGAAAUUUGAGAGGGCCAAGAUCAAUCAAGGGACCAAGACUCCAGAAGAAAAGACAACCAACACCGUAUCCAAAUUUGACAACAAUGGCAACAGGGACCGGAUGAAACUGACUGAUUUUAACUUCCUGAUGGUGCUGGGGAAAGGCAGCUUUGGCAAGGUCAUGCUCUCCGAGCGAAAAGGCACGGACGAGCUGUAUGCCGUGAAGAUCCUGAAGAAGGAUGUGGUGAUCCAGGAUGACGAUGUGGAGUGCACGAUGGUGGAGAAGCGGGUGCUGGCCCUGCCCGGGAAGCCCCCCUUCCUGACCCAGCUCCACUCCUGCUUCCAGACCAUGGACCGCCUGUACUUUGUGAUGGAGUACGUGAAUGGGGGUGACCUGAUGUACCACAUCCAACAAGUUGGCCGGUUUAAGGAGCCUCAUGCUGUAUUCUACGCUGCAGAGAUUGCCAUCGGUCUGUUCUUCUUACAGAGCAAGGGCGUCAUUUACCGUGACCUGAAACUUGACAAUGUGAUGCUGGAUUCCGAGGGCCACAUCAAGAUCGCUGAUUUUGGCAUGUGUAAGGAAAACAUCUGGGACGGGGUGACAACCAAGACGUUCUGUGGCACUCCAGACUACAUCGCCCCUGAGAUAAUUGCCUAUCAGCCCUAUGGGAAGUCUGUGGAUUGGUGGGCAUUUGGAGUCCUGCUGUAUGAAAUGUUGGCUGGGCAGGCACCUUUCGAAGGGGAGGAUGAGGAUGAGCUCUUCCAGUCUAUCAUGGAACACAACGUGGCUUAUCCAAAGUCCAUGUCCAAGGAAGCUGUGGCCAUCUGCAAAGGGCUGAUGACCAAACACCCAGGCAAACGUCUGGGUUGCGGACCUGAAGGUGAACGUGACAUCAAAGAGCAUGCAUUUUUCCGGUAUAUCGAUUGGGAGAAACUUGAACGCAAAGAGAUUCAGCCCCCGUACAAGCCAAAAGCCUGUGGGCGAAAUGCUGAAAACUUCGACCGGUUUUUCACCCGCCAUCCACCAGUCCUAACACCUCCUGACCAGGAAGUCAUCAGGAAUAUUGACCAAUCAGAAUUCGAAGGAUUUUCCUUUGUUAACUCUGAAUUUUUAAAACCUGAAGUCAAGAGCUAAGUAGAUGUGUAGAUCUCUGUCCUUCAUUUCUGUCAUUCAAAGUCAACAGCUGUUGUGAUGACAUUCUUUUUAUUGCAAGGUUGCAUUCAUGUUUUAUUUGCCAAUGAGACUGGAGUGACCAUGUUGAAGAGCCCAAAUGUCCUCAGGUAGUUUGGAGCAUCUCUCCUGAGAUCAAAUUAUGCAGAUGGCUCAAAGAAAAUGCCGGUGCAUAAUUAAGCCAUUAACAAGUCCUCUAACAAUUUAUUUCUCCAGCAUGCCUGUUAACGAGAUCCUGUAGGGAGAGGAAAUGCCUGCUUUCUGUCCCUCUUUUUGGCAUCACCAUUUUCACACAUUCUCCAACCCCAACCCUCUCCACUCUAGAUUCUUGCUACAAAACGGGUGGGUAAUUGGAGGCUAGCAGGAUUCGUCUACUUCUGGACUUGGAGUUUUGCUUGUACCCAAGUGCAUGGUUGCUUUGGCCUUGAGGGAACCCCUCUGUUCUGCAUGUUUUGAAGGCUCCAUGACUUUGAAAAAAAAAUGCUAAAAAAAAAUUGUAUUUGUUACUUUUUUAACCCAAAGUUAAGAAGAUUAUCUAAGUCCUUGUAAAAUUCCAAGCCUGUGCUUUUAAACGGUUUCUUUCUAAAAGCACUGCAAGGGGCCAAAGGGCAACCAGCGUGGGUGCUACCUCAGCGCCAUAAUUUCUGAUACCCUAUGUCCCUGAUCGCUCGCAUCCCCAAACUACUUGAAAAGGGCAUUUGGCACCACUUCUUGAAAGUGCAUGGUCACUCUAGAAAGGUCCCCAAGGGCCACGAUUUUACAUUCAUUUCAAACUUUAUUGCUUCAGGGUUUUAUUUCUGUUGUUCAAAUACCAGAAAAAAAAAAAAGGUUACUCAGUUUGUUACACAUGCUUUAAAAUGUGUGUCCAAAAUGUUAUUAACCACAAUGACCUGCUUUGAUUCAACCAAGAAGGCAGCUCUGGAGCCCAGUAGACCCGUGCCUGUGGGCAUGGGAUUUGUCUAGGUUUGUGGCUGUCUUUGGAAAGCCAAUUAAGUGCUCGGAGAGACACCAUUUCUUGAAACAAAGACAGUUGUACUCUUCACUUUGUUGUUGUUUUGCAAGAUGUUUGUGGAAUGUCCAUUUGUAUCUGAAUAUCUGUUACAUGCCAUUUUUCUUCUAGCAUCGAGAGACAAUAAAAAAAAAAGAAAAGAAGAAAUGCUAUUUCAAGGAACACUGCUCUCUUUGAAAAAUGUGGAGUCACACUACAGAGCAGGGCUCCUGGGGCUUCAGGACAGAAAGAAACAAAAUCCAGAGCUUAAUGCCAGCCCUGUUGUUCAGCCAGUCAGAGAGGCAGCGGCUGUAGGCUUCUCAUGGGUUCCUGAUGGUCUACAGUACGGUGGGACAACCUGGCCAGGGCCUCCUGCAAUGUCAGAGCCCAAAGUCCCCGUUUCCUCUAGACUGAAGUUUAGGGGCCAACUAAGAGCAUGGCUGGGGCUGAUUCUUAUCAAAAUUGUCACUCCUCCCAAGUUGGACUAAAUAGUCUAACAAGCGGCUUUGAGAGCCCCUAGAGCCCAGGGAAGUCCCUUGGGUGGAGGAAAUUUAAUUUUUGUUGAGCAGAUAAGGACAGCAGAUGACUCCUCUUCCUUGUCUGUGGCUUCCUGCUAUUCUCAGCAGCCCUAAAGAGAAUUCUUACCACAAUUCAAGGGAUUUCCAGAAGUUCUGGAGUUUCGGAGAGAUCAUCGAGGAACUUUAAAAAUUUGACAAAUAUCCUUGAGUAAGCCUUCUCAUUUAUAAGAAAACCAUGGGGAACUCCACUUAGGCCAGGCCCUUGCAGUUCAUGCCUUCUUGCUCUCUUCUCCUUGCUCCAGCUUUUGGGAUCACCCCGCCGCUGCCAUUGUGGCUGCUACCUGGAGCUAAGGUGAAACAAGUUUGAAGUCCUAGCUGACAAGCCUACAAGGAUAGAGAAAGAGGGAAAUCAGGGCAAAACCCCCUCAUUUUAUUGUUGGGGAUAUUGGCAUCUGGAAGAGGAAGUGACUUGCCCAAGGUUACCCAGGUGGAAUGCAAACCCAGUUUCCUGGCCCUCACCAUGGGGUCUUUUGCUCUAUAGCAAUACAAUAGGAGCCCUGGUCACAUUUAUCUCUGAGCCAUGCCCACCAAUAAGCAAGCUCUUUGAGGUCCUUCAUCUGGCUUUUGGGUGACCAGGACUUUCCUUGGACAUCCUCUCAGGAAAACAAAAACUGUGGAGAAACAUUGGGCCAUUGAAAAAUGAUCUGAAACAACUUUAGAGAGCAACAUAGGAUAGAUAGACAGAUAAAUAGAUAGAUAGAUGAUAAAUAGAAUAUACUGUAUAUAUAUAUACACACAUAUAUACACUGCACUGUACAUUUUCCAAAUUAUUGCCAUUAUUUUUCAAAAGUUUGCAGAAAUUUUUCAAUAGUUUGGAGAAUUAGGUACUCAGACAAAAGACUCUGUCCCCCAAAUACACACCUUGUGGAGGACUGGUCAGGGAAGCCUUCUCUGGAAGUAAGAGAUCAUUAGUCAGAAUUCCUGCAUUUUCCUUUCUUAUCAACAUGCCAAAAGCAGACGAAACCAAGAAAAGAGCUUUGACCACAUAUAAUCUCUUGGGAAUACUUUGAGAAUUUAUCCAGAAGGAAAAAGAAUUUAUUUUUACAUUCAUCCAUUUGUUCCACCCUCUAUUCAUUCAUUCAGCCAGCAUUUAUUGAGCACCAGCUGUGUGCUGGGCUCUGUGCUGAGUGCCAGGGACACAGCGGGGUACAAUAAGGAUGUAAUCUCUGUCCCACUGGAGCAUACCAUCUGGUGGGAGGGCAGUCAUUAAACAGGUAAUUAAAAGCACAGUGUGAUCCAGAGAUGUCAAGUCUCUAGGUUGGUCAAGGAAGCUUUUUACUAAGAAGAAAACACUAUCAAACACCUUUGGGGCUCUUCUUUGUCACCACAGAACACAGUUUGAGGCUGAAGGAGGAGGUGGAGCUGCACCCUUUGACCAAGAUUCCUGGGAAAAUCAUGUGGUUGUGAUGAGUGGGGAAGAAGAGAGGCAGGGUAGUUGCUGGGAAGAUUUCUUUCUAGAAGGCCAAAGUCACAAGCCUCUAUGCUUGAACAGACCACAUUUUCAUUUCCAGGAUCCCAGCAGAGACAGAUAUCCAUAUUGUCUCUUUAUAUGGAGAGGGGAGCUGGGCUUAUAUCUUGAUUCUGAGCCCUGAGUCUCAUCUCUUGGGGCAUUUAACUCAGAUCCCGGAAGACCUUAGCCUUGGUGGAAGGAAACACCACUCCCCUUCCAACACACUGCCUCCCACUUGACACAGCCUAGGUCUUCUAGUCCAGCUAAGACAGGCUGAGAUUUUCCAAAGGACAUAAAUUAGGGGAGAAUAAAAGAGAAACAAUAAGAAAAUUCCAUCCCCCCCCCCAAAAAAAAAACCCUAAACACCAUCCAGGUUAGCUAUGGCUAGUUGUCUACCAGUAUUCCAGAAUCACACUUCUAAUUUCUUAGAAUUCUCACUGACCUUUACCUGUUCUUAAGAAAGAAUAGGGUUACAAUCACGAUGACCUUGUUAGGGUAUUAAUAGGAGACCAGUCAGUUUAAUAACCCUCCUUGGAUGAGCAAAGCUCUUCUUAUCUGAAUUCAGAUGCUGUCAACUCAGGAACUGUCUCAGCAGAGGGCCAUUCUCUCCCAACUUCUAGAAGGAAGUUCAGGAGUAUUUUCUGUGGGGAACUGCCCACAGGACAAUGCCCAUAAAGGCAAGUCCUGCUUGGACCAUGUGGCUGUUUGAAGCAUGAGUCAUAACCAGUGCAACAAAUAGGGAAGGACUUUCAAAGUUGGGAUUGGUGGGAAGGGAAUCUUGGUUAGGUGUCCACAGGCAGGGAAGGCCUGAAAGGGUUGAUAAUACAAGGAGAGGCCUUCUAGCCCUGGAUAUACCCAAGACCCACACACAACCCAGAGCUCUCAGACCUUGAAGGGAACUAAUGGUGAACUAACACAGCUCAGGUCAUGUUGAGGGCCAAAAUGGACAAUGGCUCAUAUGUAGGACUCUUGGGAUCAACAAGUCCCAUUUUUUUUGUUUGUUUGUUUUUUCUUGCAUGCAUUUUGUUUUAGACAGCAAACUAUUAAUGAGGAAAACAGCAAGAGAUCAGGGAAGUCCCAUUGUUUUGCUAUAGAGUGAGAGCCCUGGCUUGAGGGUAACUAUAAGUUGGAAAAAGCAAAGAAACUCCUCCUUAGUCAAGUCUUCCUUCAUUGACUCAUUCACUCAGCAAACAAUUAUCAACAGCCUCCUGUGUGCCAAGCCCUAUUCUUGUCACUGGAAAUACAAUAGUGAAGAAACAGACAAGGAGCCUCCCCUCCUGGAGGGAAAGGAUAAAUAAGCAGAUAAACAAGAAAAUUUCCGAUAGCAAUAAGUGCAAUGUAGACAAAGAGAUGUUAACUUAGGAGUUGUGUGGGCAUCAGGAGAGGGCUGCACAGACAACAUUAAGUGAAGCCAUGGCAAUGAAAUUUUUAUCCCAACAAGGGAAGUAACACACUCAGUGCCUGGGGUGUGGAGCCUCCCACAGCACAGAACUGGGUGACAGCAGGCAGGACAAGGCAAAGAAGAAUGGGAGAGGGCCCGCUAUCCAGAAAAGACUGAAUUGGACCCAGGAUGGAAAACAACUCCAACAGUAUCUUUUAGCACUCUCCCUCCUGGCCACAUUUAUUUACCUAAGUGUGUUUCUGACAUCACUUACUCCCCACUCCACCUCCCCCCCGCCCCCCCCGCCCCACACACAUACACUUGCAAGAGUUGGUAGGAAAUUCAAUGGGGACAUUCUACCUAUCUGUCUGGGAGCAGCAAAAAAGAAGCAACUCCUGUAAAAGAUUUUAUAAAAUGCAAAAUGAGCCCAGCAAUGAGAAAUCCCUAGUCAGUGCUCAUUAAGGGAUGGGUAGCAGUUGGCCAAACUCUAGCAAGCCAGUCAGUCCUCACUGACCCUCCCUUCUUUAUAAUCUGACACACCUCUGCCUUCAGCCAGACAGCAUGCCUGGUGCCAGUGAGACCCAGGAACUUCUUUGAGAAUGCCUUUUUCUUGUUCACCUUGUAGCAAAACAACUGUGAGGCUGUCUCCCCAGUCACGGGAUGAGACAGCGCCUAACUAGCAGCAACAUGGUCAGGUAAAAAUCCAUUCCUCUUUGUGCGAGACUACAUGAAGUCACUUCACCUUCCUGUGCCUCACUUUUCUCCUAUAUCAGAUAAUGGGGGGUGAGGUCUCCAGGUCUACCUGCCUCACAGCUGUGUGUGGAGAGGAUGGGAAGAGAUGAUAGACUGAGAAGGACCCAAAAGAGGUCAGAGCAACAUACAGAUAUGAGAAGAUCUUUUUAUUAGCCCACACUCUGAUGGUCCCUAGUAAAACUUAUGCCAAACUGUAGUUAGUAAACUGAGGUCAGUGGUCCCCCAAAGAAAUGCCGGACUAACUAGAAGAAUCAAGUGAGUUUUUAUUUUGUUUUUUUAAGCUGCCCUUAUGGAUCUUACUUUAAGCUUUGGGUUUGGUUUCUUACAGUUUGUUGACUCUAUAAAUGCUAUAAACUUACUUAGCUGAGGAAGCCACAAAUUCUAGUCUGUGGGUGGGUUUUUGAGGAUCCCCUUCAAAGCCUAGAUUGCACCAGCAAGUGUGGGGUAGACAUCUCCUUUCACAAAGCCACACCCCCUUCUUUGGAGCUGAGUGGCUGUGCAGCAACCCUCCUUUUCAAAGAAAGAGGCCGCCCACCCACAGGGGUCGCCAUUGGUUGGUUUUCUCCGGGGUAUUCCACCCAACAACUAACUCUGUGAACAUUAAGCAUGCUAAAAAGUAGUUCCCAACUCAAUUCAUCUGAAAACAAAACAAAAAAAAAAACCCAAGCCCACUGCCGUCCAGUCGAUUCCGAU